CAUGGAGCGAGUUCUAGGCACAGUCCUGCUUCUGGCUUCUAUAGGUAAGAGAGUUGUUGCUGGCACAGGUGCAGGUACCUGUGCUUAUGGGCAGUGAGCUAACCAUUCAUAUGUCAUUCCUAUAUGGGUGAAGCUUAAGGUGUUUUGUUUUUAUGUUGCAAGAAGUGCUGCUUGACUGAUUGCCAUACAAUGUUAAUUUAAUUUGGCAGGGCAUCAUGACUUCCUAACAAAAUUACUUUCUUUUAUUUGAAUGGGUUCCCAUCCUUUCCAAAGUGAUGUAUGAUCUUAAAAAAAAUAUGCACAGCUUUCAAUACAUCUCUUGUAUUGGCAUAAAAAAAGUCACAAAUCUGUAUAAAAUGUGCAUGUGCAUAGAUAGAUAGAUAGAUAGACAGAUAGAGUCUUUGGCAAUCACUCGUAGCCGAAUAAGAUUGUCUUCCAUAAACAUGGUUUUAACAAUGAGUCUGUAAGUGACUGUGGAGACCAAUUCUGGAAUCACACGUCUUUCCACAGUGGGGACAUUGGUUUCCGGGCGGGAGUUGAUCACGGUGUGGAUUUGCCAAGCCUUCCUCUAAACACAUUUCUCCCUUGCAUAUAAAUGUGUGUGUGUAUGUGUGCAAAUGUAGUGGAGAAGAUUUUGAGCAGGUGAUCUGUAUGCCUGCUGAGUCUGUUGUCCAGAUGCUGAGGUUGAGCAACUUCAAAGUAUCCUCCCUUGCUGGGGUUGAUGAUGAAUGAACUUUAUUACGGUCACCGACCAGGAUAAAACAACAACAACAACAACAACAACAACAACAACAACAACAACAUAUAAAAAUAGCAGGAUUUUUUUUUUUACACUGAUAAAUGUUGGAGCAAAUAAGGACAAAGGAACAAGUAUGGGGUUCUUUAUAUUGAAACCACACUUAGAUGAAGAGCAAACUGUGAACCUCUGCAUGUUGCUGGAUGGUUUCACAACUAUCAGCAAGAGAAGAUGUGAGUUGUAGUUUAGGGAGUCAGAGAAUUCCAUCAGAAAUGAAAAUAGAAAAGCUGCUGCAUUUCACAUAGUUGCCAGAGAUCUGGAACAGAAACCAUGCAAAUAGGGGUGGUAUUUGCUAUCUUUAUAUUAGUCUGCAAAAUGUUACAGAAGCAACUACAUUAUUUCCUGCAUUGUUUUUGUCAUUUUCCUUCCAUUGAAAUGUAUUGAAAUUGAUUACAUAAUUAAUGAUACAACUAUGUUAGCCUCAACUAUAGUAGACAGAUUAACAGUUUCAGAGGAAGCCAAACUACAGUAGUACCUUGGUACUCAAACGUCUUAGUUCCCAAACGCCGAAAACCCAGAAAUAAGUGUUCCGGUUUUCAAACGUUUUUCAGAAGCUGAAUGUCCGAUGCUGCUGUCGGCUACUGUUUCUAGGGCACCUGCACCAAUCAGAAGCUGCACCUUGGUUUUCAAACAUUUCAGAAGUAAAAUGGACUUUCGGAACGGCGCUUUUGUUUUUCCUAUUUAUUUUGCAUUUUUGUUUUUGAGGCUUUUUCAGUUGAUUUGUUUUUGUGACUGUGUGGAACCCAGUUCAGCUACUGACUGACUGACUGAUUGAUUGAUUGUGUGACUGCAGAAAUUGAUAAAAGCCCCCCAUCCAAACAAUGACUAUCAUCACUGCAGAUAAAGGGAAAAAAUAAUUUUAAUUUUUAUAGUCUACGAUACUGUCUUAUUUAUUUCAUAGUACAGUACAUUGAUUAUUGCUUUCAUUUUAGGGAUCAAUGGUCUCGUUAGAUUGUGAAAUCCAUGUUGAAUUGCUGUUUUAGGGGUUGUUUUUAAAAGUCUGGAACAGAUUAAUCCGUUUUGCAUUACUUUCUAUGGGAAAGCGCACCUUGGUUUUGGAACGCUUUGGUUUUGGAACGGACUUCCAGAAUGGAUUAAGUUUUAUAACCAAUGUACCACUGUACAGCAGAAUGGAAACAAUGCUGAUUCUCAGGAACAAAGGAAGCCCGUGAAGGCAUAAACUUGUCUCCACUGGAAAGCACUGUUUUAUAAGGUCUGCCUGUGAAGGCUGAAUGACAGUGAUGUCUGUUUCAUGUGGGCAGGUCAUCCCUUGGUGCUACAGUCACCAGGGGACGAGAUGCAUUUGCAAACUUGCUCAGAUGGAUUCAAGCUCCUUCUUUGGUGAGCCUCCAAAGGGAAGAUGUUCCAGAACUGGAGAUUGCCUCUCUACAAAUCCUUGCAAGGAUGCAGACUUUCAGUUACCAAGUUAGGGAUCAGGAAAUGAUGGAAGCUGGCAGGAAGAAAGUAAGCCAUUGGGAUCUACUGCUUGGAGUGGAGCUCUAGGACCAGGGAGACCUGGGCUCAAAUCUCUGCUUACCAUGAAGCUCACCAGAUGGUCCCAAGCCACUCAUUCUAACUCACCUGUUGUGAAGAUGAACUGGGGUAAACCCCAGCACAUGUGCUGCCCUGAGCACCUUGGAGGAAGAGUGAACUAAACAUGUGUUAAAUAAACUUGAAAUAAGAAGCCAGUUCAGAAGCUGGAGAUCCAAGGGAAUAGCAGCCAACGCCUUGGGAUCCAUCUCAGAACAGUCCUGAAAAGGUCUGUUUAUGUUAGACUAUGGUACAAAAAGUCACUGCCGGAAUCAUGUAUUACAUGCUUACCGCUUUAUUAUUAUACUUCAUGAAGUGGAUUAAAGCAAAUAAAAGCUUUUGCCAAGAUAAAUUUGUGAAUCUUUAGGUUUGUGAGUCACAAGACUAUUGUUUUUGCUACACUGGAUAGGUAAUAGAGCCUAAUAAUAAUAAUAAUAAUUCUUGUGUUUCAAAUAUAUAUCUCAAUGCAAUGUACAAAAUAUUAUAAAAACAACAACAAAAUGUAAAGAAAACACAAAAGUAACAAGAUGAGUACCAAUCAAGGAGGAAUGACACUUUAAGUUGUUGGAAUAUGCGGAGCUGGCAGGUCUGAUCAAUAAGAGAACAAGAAGGUAGACUUCCGGGUUGGCGCCAUCGCCGAAUGGCGGACUCCCUUCGAGCUCCGGAGGGAGUCUGCUCGGCAGGGGCUGGGUCCUACCGCGCCGGCGACGCGGGGACCCUUAAAAACCACGGGCACGGAGUCCGUGGACAUGGGUGACUCGGCUUGCACCAUUAGCGCCCUCCCGACUCGUGAAGGAGCCUUUUAAAGGCUUCGGAUCGGGUGCCGGGGAGCGGCGUGGUGCUUUGAGUCUUCUGCUUUCCUGCCGAGCGCAGCCGCAUGCCAUUCGACGGAGAGCGCUGACUUCUUCCAUUGAAAAUUUGGACUAUUAACAACAACCCGUGAGUAAUUGGGAAACCGGGUUCAAAAUUUCGGAUUUGGCACGAGCGGGGCGAUUUAAAAGGAAGUCAAUCCCCCUACUGUAAGCAUUCCAAAACAAGGACUGGGUAACCAAGGUCCAAAGGGAAGUAUAUUCUUGAUAAAAACCAUUAAUUUCACGAUGGGAAAUUAUAAGAACUGUGCUGGAGGAGAAGAGUGGAGGGUGAGAAGAAAAAUGCAACCCCCCCCCCCCGGGAACCGGGGCGAUUCGUGGAGCUUGGUGAAGAGAGACGGAGACUUUGACAGCUGUCAAAGUGGCUGUCAAAGUUGGAGAAUAUAAAGAGGACUUUGUUAUGAGGACUUUGCCGGUUAAUUUUGCUACAAUUUGCUACAAUAUGGAUAUAAACUGUUGGAAAAUAAGCAACAAUUUGACUUUUGGAUUAGAGGAUACAAAGUUAUUACAAUCCCCUCUAGGGGUUUCGGGAUAUUACAAGAACGGUCGUAAGUGGAAAAAUACUCUGGGAUUCGCACAGGACUUGUUAUCUUUUGGGAAAGCUGCAAAACUGAAAUAGUAUUUUGUCUACAGAGGUAUUUACAUUAAAGGAGACAAUAGAAUUUUCUAUUGAAGAAAGGAAGGGACUGGACGUAAGUUUGUUCCUGAAUAACAAACCUCUGCAGAGAUAUCAGAUUUCUGAAUUAGAAAGUUUUAGCAGCUGAACAGGACAAGAAACCUGAGAAAGUGAGGAAAAGAAGAACAAAGGACUGAUUACGACACGGAAAGAACAAUGGGAGGAGUGGUAAAGAUCAAGGAAAUUAAAGGCCUUUGUUAGAUUGGACACUUGAAGUUACAUAUUAUUAAUAAAUUAAAAGAAAACCGGCAAGAUGGAAUCGGGAGAAAUUUGGUCAGGAACUGAGCCAUCCAAGCUGAUAAUGCACAGACUGAUGGAUAUGGGGAAGCCAACCCGGGGAAGGGGGGGGGACCCUUGAAAUCCAAAGGCUGUGUAACCAUGGUUUGAAUUUUUCUAUAUCUUUUAUUUUUAUUUUUACAUAACUUACGCAUGUCAUUUUAUUUUGAUUGGACGUGUUUAAAAAAGGGAAUUCGUGGAAGGAACUGGGGUGGAUCUUGGGGAAAAUCUGUUUUCUUGUUAAUGAUGUGGGACGGUGGUAAGAUUUGUACAAUUCAAUUUGGAUAGUGGGUUAAACAAAUUAAGCUUCAAAUUGGGAGUGAGAGCUUGUAGAACUAAAUUAAGGAAAGGGAAUACAGUCGGGGGGGGGGGAGUCCCAGAAAGUAGGCAAUGAAAGUAAGGUUUUUAAAUAUCUUUUUUUUCUUUUUCUUUUUUUCUUUGUAUUUUUAUAUUUUUGGAAACUUUAAUAAAUAUGAUUUAAAAAAAAAAAAAAAGAGAACAAGAAGGUAAAGGAUACAAAAAGGACUGGAAAAUUUUUGUAAUUUAAAAAAUCUAUAUAAACUCGUGAACAGAUUAGCAGGACUUGAAUAAAUUCAGCAGUAUAAGAGGAAGUAGAACAUAAUUAGUAAGAAGAGUAGAAACUCAUAGCUGCCAACGUUUCCCUUUUUUUAAGGGAAAUUCCCUUAUUCCAAAUAGGAUUCCUCGCAAGAAAAGGGAAAAGUUGACAGCUAUGGUAGAACUUGGUAACUUAGAAUACAUGGAAGAGAAGGAAAAUAAUGGAUACCAGAGAAGGAGAGGAAGAGAAGUCCUUAGGUGUUUUGUGUGGUGUCUUUGGUUUGUUGUGGUUUUGUUUUCAAUUUUUAUUCAUUUAUUUUCUACUUAUUCUUUUUGAACUGUAUGCGAAAACACAAAUAAAAAUUAAUUUCAAAAACAAACCAACCAGGAUAUGGAUUUUAAAAUCCUAUAUUGGACAAUAAAACAGUUAUGUUAGACUAAAAUAACUACGUAUCUGUUUGACCCUGAUCAAAACAUUUUACAAGGGACUUUAAGAGGGAGGAAGAAAUGAGCAAGCCAGUAGGACUGAAAAAUCGCUCUCUGAACAGAAGGAUACACGUAGGGUUCUACUUUUAGUUUCAGUCAAGCCUGGCAAAUGCAAGAGCCUUUAAUGUACCUUGCACACAGCACAUUCAUGUAGAUGUUGUAGCCUGAGUGAAAGCACACCAUGCUGAGGAACCAUAAAAGUACAGGACAUUCACACCCACACUCAAGCCUUCAUCUUAUUCCAGUAAUCAUUAUUAUCUGCAGGAUCCCAUCAGCACGGGGGUGGGUACUUUACCUGCAUUUCUGGGAAACAGCUUCCCAUCUAAUGAAGCACACUCUUAUUGGAAGCCUCCCGUGUCAGCAAAUGUGUAAUAUAUGAUGGUAUUUGUGUCACAGUGUCAGCACAGACCGGCGAGCGUAUUAUCGGAGGAUCCGAAUGUUGGCCGCACUCUCAGCCCUGGCAAGUAUUUGUCUUCGACAGUCAACUCACUCGAUGUGGUGGAGCCUUGAUCGAUGAGCACUGGGUGCUUACAGCUGGACACUGUCUGCGAAGGCAAGUUUGUGGGGUCAUAGGGAGGAAGCGGUGGGUGAGAGGAAGGGUAAUGUCUCCAGAGUAGGGGAGUGGGUGGUGCUGUGGUCUAAACCACUGAGCCUCUUGGGCUUGCCAAUCGGAAAGUCGCUGGUUCAAAUCCAUGCAACGGUGGUGAGCUCCCAUUGCUCUGUCCCAUCUCCUGCCAACCUAGCAGUUCAAAAGCACACCAGUGCAAGUAGAUAAAUAGGUACCAUUGUGGUGGGAAGGUAAAUGGCAUUUCCGUGUGCUCUGGUUUCCGUCACGGUGUCCCGUUGCACCAGAAGCAGUUUAGUCAUGCUGGCCACAUGACUUGGAAAGCUGUCCAUGAACAAAUGCCGGUUCCCUCGGCCUGAAAAGUGAGAUGAGCACUGCAACCCCAUAGUCGCCUUUGACUGGACUUAACCGUCCAGGGGUCCUUUACCUUUACCCUUUUUUUAACCUUUAAUCUCUCCAGACAUUUACAAAACAAUCUAGAAUGGAUCGCUUUUUUAAUUGCCUGAGAUUCUGCUGCUGCACUGGGUGAAGAAGUCCCUGCCCAGAGGCAGUCAGCCAGCAGAGAGCUGGUCCUCAGCAGCCAUUUCUUUUUUUUUUAAAUGAUAUUUAUUGAAAAUUUUUUAGAAUUACAAAAAAAAAACAAAGCAGAAAAAGAAAAAAGAGAAAACAAUGAAAAAACACACCACAUCAAACAAUACAAAUUCAAAAAAAAAAAAAUACACCACAAACAGACAAAAACAAAACCAUCAUACUCAAAUCCUCAACUUUCAUUACCUUCUUUCUUUGACCUCCUCCUCCUCCCUUUUUUUGUAUCCUGGUUAUUAAUUAUUGCAGCAAAUCCUUUCCAUAUUUCAUAAUAUUCUGUCAUUACAUACCUUAAUCUAUUUUCAUCUUAUCUUAUAGAAAACCUUAAAACUUAAAGCUUAAAUCUUAUUUUUACCAACUUCUCAUAACCAUAAUAUUCUUACCUAAUUCUUUAAACAUUUUUACUAGAGCCAAGUAAUUUCGUUCCAACAUUUUUCUAACAUUCAUCAAUUUUAUAAAACAAUCCUAGUAAUAAAAGAGAAAUAAAAACAGUCCAAUCUUCAUCCAGCGUCCCUUCCUCCUGGUCCCGGGUUUUGUCAGUCCUUUUUAUCCCAUUGAUCUAGCGCAUUAACCUGGUAACCUUAUAUCCGAGGCCCUUAAGUCUCUUCCAUGUCCCUUCCGCAGCUCUUCUUCAUAUUCUCCUUUCACUCGUGGGAACUCCAGCUUGGUAAUGUUUUUGACCCUUUUCAACAAAUCAGCCCCUUUUCCAUAGUCCAGAUUAAACUCCAUGUGGUAUUUAAAAACAUGUUUCAGAAUCCCUCCAAAAUUAAGAGCCCCCACAGCCCCAAACAUCUCACGGCCCAUUGCCAGACUUGGAAAGUCCAAACAUCCCUGCAUAGGGGGGUCUAUCCAACCCCCCAUUUCCAAACCAGUCCAAACAUUAUCUUUCCAAAUCUGGCUUUUUCCAAGUUCAUUUGUCAAAUCCAAAAGCUCAUGUUCCUGCAGGGCCACAGCUCCCUCCAUCUCUGGCGCCCAAGAUUCAGCAACAUCCUCUUCUCUCAUCUGUUCUGUCAGGGCACACUCCUGUUUUAAUUCCUGGGUGGGCUCCAUAUAGUUUCCCACUGCCUGUUCAAAAAUUCUGACCGCAUUAGUCAUCAAAUCCGUCUUCUCAUUUAACUGUUCCAGUAGGGCAUUUGUUUUACAGAGAGCACACAACAGAGCUUCUGAAUACAUUGUCCUACAAGGUCAAAAGUCUAUUCCCACGAUUGUAAUCUGUAACAGCUGCAAGCUCCUGGAAUUGGUUACAGUUUCACAGUCUCCCUCUAGGGGGAAAACUUCUAUUUGUUCUUUCUUUUAAGGACAAAUCUAGCAACAAAGUUUCCUUUUUCAGAUAUUUUGUCAAUAUUUGUUCCUUUAAAAUGCGAAAGGGAACAGUGGAAUCACUAUGUUUCUCUUCCUUUAGCUAUCUGUCAAAAACGUUUGUCUCUGGUCAAUGAGCUUCAAACGUCAGUCCUGACACCCCGCUCCAGGAUCAGGACGGUGGAAAGUUACUUUACUUUAAACUCACUUCUGCAGGUUUAAACAGUCCGAGAAAGAUCCCCCUUCUUCUCCUGCUUCCGAAGGGGGGUUCAACAAUUUUAAAUGAUGAAAGUUAAUCUUUUAGAAGCGAUUUUCUGAGCUCUAGUUUACCUUGUCUUUGCUUUAUUCUGUCUACAAAGAAACGGAAGGCUGACUUCCUGUUUAGACCUUCCCGUUUCAGUGCCAAAUUGAAGUAAAUUUUUAAGUCCAAUUCCUUUCUGCUCGCAAGUCCUUAUUUAAAGUCCAAUUGUCCAAAAUUUAAGUACUCACGGGUGAUUAUUUUAGAAGCCAAAUUGUCCCAGGAAAAAGGCAGCGCUCUCCGGCAACGGCUAUGCGGCUUCGCUCCACGGAAAAAGCAGUUGACUCUCAGCACCAUGCCACUUCCCCCUCUUCGCUUCGGAGCCCAUUAGUGGGUUCCUUUGCGGGUUGGGGGGGCGCUAAGGGUGCCCGCCGAGUCCCAUGGUCACAGGCUUCAUCCGCCUGUGAUUUUUGAAAGGGUCCCCGCUUCGCCGUAGCGGAAAAGACCCGUUUCGUGCGGAGCUAGUCCCUCCAGAUCAGAGGGAGUCCGCCAUUGCCGAUGGCGCCACCCCGGAAGUUCAGCAGCCAUUUCUUACAUUUUGAAUUCUUUACGAGUUUAUAUGCAGGUGGUGCUGUGGGUUAAACCACAGAGCCUAGGACUUGCUGAUCAGAAGGUUGGCAGUUCGAAUCCCUGUGACAGGGUGAGCUCCCGUUGCUCGGUCCCUGCUCCUGCCCACCUAGCAGUUUGAAACCAAGUCAAAGUGCAAGUAGAUAAUUAGGUACCGCUCCGGCGGGAAGGUAAACGGCAUUUCCGUGUGCUGCUCUGGUUUGCCAGAAGCGGCUUAGUCAUGCUGGCCACAUGACCCGGAAGCUGUACGCCAGCUCCCUCGGCCAGUAAAAUGAGAUGAGCGCCGCAACCCCAGAGUCGGCCACGACUGGACCUCAUGGUCAGGGGUCCCUUUACCUUUACUGAAUUGUAUUAAUCAUUUGUUGAAUUUGUUUUUGCCUUCGUUAUAUGUUUUGGAUGUGAUUAUACCGACUGAAAUGUUCUACUCAUUUUCAGUACCAUAGCUAUUAUUGAGACUUGCUUUGAGCUCAGCAUUGUUGCUGGAAAAGCGGGAUAUAAGAACUAUUAAAUCAUAUCAAAUCUGGGCCACAAACCCUGUCCUAGUCAAGCAAAGAACCAAGGCCAAGAAUAGCAUGGAAAUGGUUUGGUAUAAAAAGGGCUGUGCCAUACAAUAGUUCUGAACACCUCUGUGUCUUCGCUAUUGUCUCCCUUGCAGAAAUCUCAUGGUUCAUCUUGGGGAGCAUGAUUUGUAUAAGCAAGAUGUUGGGGAACAGUCUUCCAAAGCAAUCAGAGCCAUCCGCCACCCUAAGUUUGAACUCCGAACAAUGAAAAACGAUGUCAUGCUUCUGAAGCUAUCCCCCCCUGCAGUCCUGGGAGAUACCAUUAAGACCAUCCCUUUUGCUAAGGAAUGCGCACCCACUGGGACAAAGUGUGUGGUGUCUGGCUGGGGCACUACUACUUUCCCCGAAGGUAAGAGGAAAGGCCAGAGGGUCAAGGUUCCACGUGCAAUGACCACUUUUGGGAUAAGCUGCAAGAAGUUUAGCUUGCAACGUCCAUCAACAGGCAAGGGUUUCACAAGACCUCCUGCAAACUAAGGCUAGAUUCAAGUACUUGAGGGGCCUGGUGCAGUUCCUACAAAGGAAAGCAUGAAAUAAGGUGAUGUAAAUGAUGUAAGCUUUUGCAGACUACCUUAACCGAAACCAAAAACACCUAAAUCCUGAGCACCUGCAGUUUCACAACCCUGAGCAAACUACUAAAAAAAAUGGGGGGCGGGGCGUAAGCUUGAGAAACAAAAAGACAGUACAGUGGUACCUCAAGUUAAGUACUUAAUUCGUUCCGGAGGUCUGUUCUUAACCUGAAACUGUUCUUAACCUGAAGCACCACUUUAGCUAAUGGGGCCUCCCACUGCUGCCGCGCCACUGGAGCAUGAUUUCUGUUCUCAUCCUGAAGCAAAGUUCUUAACCCGAGGUAAUAUUUCUGGGUUAGCGGAGUCUGUAACCUGAAGCGUAUGUAACCUGAAGCGUAUGUAGCCCGAGGUACCACUGUAACAAUUAACUGCACCGCUAUUCAAAAUCCAGUUAAAACGAUCCAGUUUAACUAACUCAACAAAAUGGAUGAACUUGAUUCAGCAUUUUGAAGUCUGAUAGCCCUUUACACUCCAAUGCCUCCUUGCCUCUUAGCAAGGUAAUCCCACCGCCCCCCAGUACUGCCUACUUUAGGAACCACUAGAUUAGGUGAUUUAUGGGCCUAAGUAUAAGGGCAGCUGCCUCUGUCCAUACUGUGUUUCCAGUUGUGGGAUGGGGAAUUGCAUCUACUAGCCAGUAGUCCUUUAAGCAGAGUUUGGAUGGCCAUCUGUCAUGGAUGCUUUAGCUGAGAUUCUUACAUUGCAAGGAGUUGGAGAAGAUGGCCCGCAGGGUCCCUUCCAACUCUACAGUUCUAUGAUCCUAUGAGUGGGACAUCUCAUUCUGCUCCAAGCAAGCCCUCACCUACCUCUCGCCUUACUGAAGGAGCGUCUCCACCCCUAUCGUUCUACCCGGACGCUGAGGUCCAGCGCCGAGGGCCUUCUGGCAGUUCCCUCACUGUGAGAAGCUAAGUUGCAGGGAACCAGGCAGAGGGCCUUCUUGGUAGUGGCGCCCUCCCUGUGGAACGCCCUCCCACCAGAUGUCAAAGAGAACAACAACUACCAGAUAUCUGAAGGCAGCCCUGUUUAGGGAAGCUUUUAAUGUUUGAUGUAUUACAGUACUUUAAUAUUUUUUUUGGAAGCUGCCCAGAGUGGCUGGGGAAGCCCAGCCAGAUGGGCGGGGUAUAAAUAAUAAUAAUUAUUAUUAUAAAUAAAUUAUUAUUACUUACGACGAAUCCUGGGGGUGGCCCUGGCUGUUGGCUUCCUCCUCUGAGUCUCAGUGUUGCCCCUUGCAGAACUCAAUAGAGAGGAAUAUGGGGGCAAAGUUGGUCUUCCUGCCUUCCACCUUAUGGUUGCAAUGGACACCAACCACCACAGCUUCUGGCAUUUGUGAGGGAGGAACCUGAAGCUAAAAUAGUUAAGCAGCAACUCCCAAACAGCCAGUGUCGCACACUGACCCAAGCUUUCAUUUUGCAGUAAAUUAUGCCAAUGUCCUGCAAUGUUUGGACACAGAGAUCCUGUCAAAAUACAUAUGCAAGUCUAGGUACGGAAGCUACUUUGCAGACAACAAGAUUUGCUCAGGAAAAAUGGAAGGAGGCAAAGACUCGUGCCAGGUGAGCAACAAACACUUGGUGACUAUGGGUCAGAGGCAGAGUGCAUUGUAUCACAAUCCAACUUUCCUGUGACUUAGCCUGCAAUCUGAACUACGCCAUUCAUAUAUAACUUAUACACCACAUAAAAUAACCAAAAAAUAAAUAAAUAAGCAAGUCACACAAAUUGCAACAAUAAAGGCACAAGCAAAAAGUCAGCGCAUAGUAUCAGGAUGCAAGAAUCCAGUAAAACGUCAUUCAUGUCUACUCAGAAGUCGGCCCUAUUUAAUUUAGUGCAGCAUAUAUAUUUCCAGGUAAAUGGGGUUAGGAUUGUAGUCCAAGUCCAAUUUUGGUCAGUGGAACUUCUAAGUAGGGAUGGAAUAGAAUCAGAAUCAUUUGAUUCAGUUCACUUCUAAAUAUAAACCUGCCUAAUAUGUAUGUUCUGAAACAAUAUUUGAUUUGAAACACACAAUUCCUCUGAUAUUUGCGCUUCUCAGAGUUUUGCAGUGCAGUUCUCCAGCUAUGGAAUAUGUACAAAAAUGCAUAUACUAGGAUAAAGUGUGUGUAAUGAUAAAAGAACAUGCACAAAUGCAUUAUGUUAGGGAAAUUGCUUUGCAAAAAUACUAAGCAAAAUCACAUAUAAAAAUGUGUAUAAUAGAAGUUUGCAUUAAAAGGCUGAUGAAUUUUCAUGAGUUAAAAAAAACAAACACCCCAAACUGAUGUGGAAAAGUAGAAAACUGAACUUGCAGACUGGGAAAUGAGAAACCAAAACUGACAGAGUCACAUAUCCUUACUUAUGAGUAGACAUGGUUAGGAUUUCUCCAAUGUCAGUAGCAAGCAGACUUCUAUUUUUAUUUUAUUUUUCCUUCUUAUUACUUGAGAUCCAUCUGUAGAAGGGAAACAAGUAUUUACAAUAAAAGAAUUUUGAGCCCAGGAAUUUGUUUAUAAAGUACCAAAACUAGACUGAGCUCAUAGUUCUUCCAUACAGUAAUAUAUUUCUGCAUAUCCCUUUCUUCCCUUUCAGCAGUACAUUUUUUAGGGUUGUUUUGUUGCCACCAUUGUUGGGAGUAAGAAAUCCUUGCCAAUCUACUUCAGAUCAUCCAGAAAUCUACCAGCACAGCCCAGUCUAACUUCUGCCUACUCCUUGUCUAAAUCUUCCUAAUUAAAAGGAAAAAAGAAGAAAGGAAGUGAGCAGAAACAGAAGGGCAUUAAGAUAUUGGUGGGGCAUGGGGGGUGGGGGGAGAGACACCAAACUACCCAAGGAAGCAAGUAUUAAGCAAGAAGAGCCAUAAACCUAAAGAAAGCCAUACCUGCUUCAAUAUGAAACCCUCUAUUUCUGUACCUUUUAGAUUCAAUGUUCAGCUUGAGCAGGGAUGUGGAAUCUAUAGCCCUCCAGAUUUUGCUAGACGAAAGCUCUCAUCAUCCCCGACCACUGGCCAUGCUGCCUGGGGCUGAUGAAAGUUGGAGAAUCUCCGGAGGACCACAGAUCCCAGCCCCUGAACUAGAGAAGUCUCACCACACCAAAGAGUUCUCCUGCUCUCUGACCCCUUUCCUCUUGUUGAAUUUACAGGGAGAUUCUGGGAGCCCCUUGAUUUGCAAUGGGGUCCUUCACGGUUUGGUGUCAUCGGGAGCUGUGAAGUGUGCGUCCAAGAAAAACCCUGCUGUUUUCAUGGAGAUCUGCAAAUUUCGGAAGUGGAUCGAGGAAACCAUGGCUGAAAAUGACACAAAAGCACCAGCCCAGGGCUGAUAUCCCUCAAUAAAAAGCCUGGCGCAAA